AUGACAAGCUCCGCAUGGAGAUGGAGAUGCGGAGAGAAAGAUCGGGAUGUGGGGUGGGCAGGUAUGCCGAGUGCCAAUCCCGCUCCACCCACAUUGCCACCCCACGUUCUCGAGACGGGGGAUGUCUCGCUCGCGUUACUCCAGCUCAGACAGAAAGAGCAGCACAACAUCGUACAAUUCCACAACGGCACCUACUCCACAAGCUGUCACUCGCUGACAGCUUACAAAGUAAGAGCAGCGCAGCAUCGUACGAGUUCACGACUGUGCCUACCACACAAGCUGUCAGCGACAACGGACGGAUGCAUCAGUAGAGAUGCAAGGACAACUGCAUCAAGGCCGCAGGCUCAAAGGCCACCCUUUGAGAUCGAGUCCUCUGACACCAUCGACAACAAUCCCACCAGACCAACGCCGCCUCUGCCUCUGCCUCUGCCUCUGCCUCUGCCUCUGCCGCCGCCUCUGCCGCCGCCUCUGCCGCCGCCUCUGCCUCUGCGAUCGCUGCCUCCCUCCGCCGCCAUCAUGUCUGCCUCCGCCUCCGCUCCUGCUUCUGCUGCUGCUGCGCCCGCCGGCCCUCUUUUGGAAGAGGAAUAUUUUUUCAAUCAAGCUGGAAGAAGAGCGGCCGCAAGGCCCGAUCAUUUGAUCAUUUGGCUGCAGUCGCACGUGCAUCAGACAGCCCAACGGCUGUUGGAAACUCAUGCAUACGAGCGCUUUUUUCGGGAGAAAUUCCCACAACAAUACCAGGCCUUUAUGGCAAAUUUUGAGCAUGCGCGGGAGCUGGAGCAGCAAGUCUCGGCCGUCAGGCCAAAAAUCGAGCUCGAGAGGACUGCCGUCGCCAGCGUCUCGCAGCAAUGGCCGGACUGGGACUGGACCAUCCCUGGAAACAGGACUCCUCCCUUCUGGCCUGAGCGCUCGCUUGCGACGCUCCGCUGGAUUGCGCUUCGAUAUGAGGAGUGGCGCCCUCUUGUCGCAAGGCUGGUCGAGAUUGUGCGGCACAGACUGGUCUCGCCGUCUGGAGCUGGCGUGCCAGCGGACUGGCACUUGAUGCCAUGCGAUCUGCGAGAGCUGCGCGCCGAGCUGGAGGAGAUGGAGGAGAAGAAGAAGAAGCUGCCUUCUCGCAGUCGAAGCCGCUCUCCGGAGCAAGGCCGUGCUGGUCAGCGGCCACUGUCGGACGGCCGGUCUUCGACUUUUGUGGGCUCGAAUGCUCCCUCCAUGCCCCGAGCAUCUUCCUCGCGCCUCUCAUCUUUGCCCUUGCCGCGCUCCUCCCUCCUGCCGCGCUCCUCCCACCGGCCCUCAUCCUCCUCCCGGCCCUCCUCUUCCCUCGGGCCCUUGCCCUCUACGCCCCCGCCUCCGCCUGCUUCGCCUCCUUCGCCACAGCGGCAGCAGCGCAACAUGGCGCCAAAACCUCGCGGUGCUGCAGCCAAGCUGGUCCGCGCCGCCGAGAAGAGGGAGGAAGAAGAUCGCCAGGCUGCUGCCGGAGUUGACGCAUCGGCACCAGGCCGCCAUAACCUGGCUUCAACAGGCCAAAGUUUUGGCCGACUCCUGCCCGGAGCAUUGGGACCAGUAAAGUCCUCUCGGCGGCACAUUGGAGUUGUGGGUGCACUCCUUUUUCGAAAACCCUCGCAGAUGGAAAACUGGGUAAAAGCUACCCUGGCAAUGUACUCGCACCUUGACGUGGUGCUGGGGCUUUACAGCAAACAACAAAGCUGGACCAAGUCGACGACACUCUCCUACCGAUGGCACGGUAGACGCCGCAGGCAGAAUGAGUUUCCAGCGGCCCUUGCGGCAUUCCCUUUCUCUGCCGAUGGCAAGGUCGAUCUCUUCCGCAAAUCUCGAAAAUCUUUCUACCGAUGGCAAGGUGAAUGCAAUUCUCAAGUCCCUCUCAGUAUCGACGAUAGGGAGGUCGAUGCAGGGCUCUUCAGGCGGUCCUUCCAGCACGUAGACUUUUCCGCGAAUCUCGAAGCUCCCACUGCCGAUGGCAAGCUAAUCCCCAGUUCAUUUGGCGGUGUAUCUUCGGCGAAUCUUGAAACUCUCCCCACCGAGGGCAAGGGAGAUCAAAGCGAAGGACUCUUUAGGCGGUUCUAG